CCUGCCCCAACUGAUCAGUCGACCCUGUGACAUUCUUCUCCUGGACAAUGAGUCCCAUGAUCUCUCCACAAUGCACCUUGUGAGCCCCUCCCCUGCUGACAACAGAUAACCACCUUUAACUGUAACUUUCCACUGUCUACCCCAGCCCUAUAAAGCUGCCCCUCUCCUAUCUCCCUUCGCUGACUCUCUUUUCCAACUCAGCCCACUUGCACCCAAGUGAAUAAACAGCCUUUGUUGCUUACACAAAGCCUGUUUAGGUGGUCUUCUAUAUGGACACGCGUGACACCCAGGAGUUCGAGACGAGUCUGGGCAGCAUAUACUGAGGGGAAAAAAAGGCUUCUUUCCUUGGGAAAUGCAGGAAGCCAGCAAGCGGCCGGCGUCUCCGGAGCCCGCAAGGAGGCGCGUUGGCUGCGCAGAGAGCGCGCUUCCCAGCUGGAGAGCCUAGGAACGGUGGCGCGGGCGGAGGCGACAGCGAGGACCCAAGGCUGGGGUUUCCUGCUUGGAUCAGGAGUGCCUGGGGAUUUGAUCCCCAUCCUGGUGCAGCUCCGAAACGCUCCUGGGCUGCGCGCGCUUUUGGGCUGCGCCACCGACAGAGACAUCUGGAAGCCGGAGCUAGUGGAAGACUCUGCCUCACCUGCCUCCUUGAAGGAAACACGGGGAAGCCAGGACUGGCCGUCACGUUGGUGACAAAUAUGUCCCAGGACUCGGUGACCUUCGCAGACGUGGCUGUGAACUUCACCAAAGAGGAGUGGACCCUGCUGGACCCAGCUCAGAGGAAUCUCUACAGAGACGUGAUGCUGGAAAACUCUAGGAACCUGGCAUUCAUAGAUUGGGCGACUCCAUGUAAAACCAAAGACGCAACCCCUCAGCCGGAUAUUCUUCCUAAAAGAACAUUUCCUGAAGCCAACAGAGUGUGUCUCACGAGCAUCAGUUCCCAGCACUCCACAUUAAGAGAAGACUGGAGAUGCCCCAAAACAGAGGAACCACACAGGCAGGGGGUGAAUAAUGUGAAGCCACCUGCGGUUGCCCCUGAGAAAGAUGAAUCUCCCGUUAGCAUUUGUGAAGAUCAUGAAAUGAGGAACCACUCUAAACCUACCUGCAGGCUUGUGCCUUCACAGGGAGGUUCCAUAAGACAAUGUAUCCUAACACGUGACUCAAGUAUUUUCAAGUAUAAUCCUGUCUUAAACGAUAGUCAAAAAACACAUGAAAACAACGAACACGAUGGAGUCUUGGGGCGGAACAUUCAGUGGGUUCCGUGUGGGAGAAAAACAGAGCUGAAAUCAAGCACAUGGACUGGCAGUCAGAACACUGUGCAUCAUAUACGUGAUGAAAUUGAUACGGGGGCCAACAGGCACCAGCGGAAUCCAUUUGGAAAAGCUUUCCGUGAAGACGGAUCCCUUAGGGCACACAACACUCAUGGUCGAGAGAAAAUGUAUGAUUUUACUCAGUGCCGGAACACCUCCAGAAAUAACUCAAUUCACGCCGUGCAGAUGCAGUUGUAUACCGCAGAGACAAACAAGAAGGAUUGUCAAACUGGGGCAACCUCUGCCAACACUCCAAAUUCCGGUUCACACAAGAGUCAUUGCACUGGAGAGAAAACCCAUAAAUGCCCUGAAUGUGGGAGAGCCUUUUUUUAUCAGUCAUUCCUUAUGAGACAUAUGAAAAUUCACACUGGAGAGAAACCGUAUGAAUGUGGGAAAUGUGGGAAAGCCUUUAGAUAUUCCUUACACCUUAAUAAACAUUUAAGAAAGCAUGUCGUGCGGAAGAAGCCCUACGAAUGUGAAGAAUGUGGGAAAGUCAUUCGGGAGUCCUCAAAAUAUACACAUAUAAGGAGCCACACUGGAGAGAAACCCUAUAAAUGUAAGACAUGUGGAAAAGACUUUGCAAAGUCGUCAGGACUUAAAAAACAUCUUAAGACUCACAAAGAUGAGAAGCCCUGUGAAUGAAAGGAAGGUGGAAAAUUUUUCAUUAAUUUUCUGACUGUACCAAACAUGUGAGGAGGACAUAUUGGAAGGGAGCUCAAGGGGUUAGCAUGAGUGAGAACAUCUUCCCUGAACUCUCGUAUCUUACAGAAAUGUGAAAAAAAACCCUGUGAAGGUAAAGUCUACAGAAAGCCUUUCAUCUUCAUUCAUCUUGAGUAGACAUUUGUUCUCACCCUGGAGAGAAACUGCGAAUCUAAAAGGAAUAUGACAAAGCCUUCAGCGUGGUCUCAAAUUCAUGGUUCAUACAAGAACUCACACUGCAGAGACUCCUUACGGAAAUAAAAAAUGUAGGAAAGACCUGCCGGCCGCGGUGGCUCAUGCCUGUAAUCCCAGCACUUUGGGAGGCCGAGGCGGGCGGAUCACGAGGUCAGGAGAUCAAGACCAUCCUGGCUAACACGGUGAUACCCCAUCUCUACUAAAAAUACAAAAAAAAUUAGCCGGGCAUGGUGGCAGGUGCCUGUAGUCCCAGCUACUUGGGAGGCUGAGGCAGGAGAAUGGCGUAAACCUGGGAGGCGGAGCUUGCAGUGAGCCGAGAUGGAGCCACUGCACUCCAGCCUGGGGGAAAGAGCGAGACUCCGUCUCAAAAAAAAAAAAAAGUAGGAAAGACCUCUUUAAACACUUAGCACUCAUGUUGCAUGUGAAUCCACAUCCUGGAGGGAGGCUACAACUGGAAUAAAAAUAAGAAAGCUUUCAA